AUGUUUUUGGAAAAACCGCUGGGAAAUAGGUGAGUUUUUCAGGCUUUUUCAGGCCUGGCCUAAAAAUUAGGCCGUUUUUUGAUACCUAGGCUUAUUUGGUAUCAAAAAUUUGCAAAUUUACAGUACUCUUCGACUACAGUAUCCAUUUUCAGCAUUCUAAUAAUUCUCCUCGCCGCUCAAAUGACCGUGAUGCUCUAUCAAAAUUCGCAUGUUCAAAAAUCCAUAGUAUCCAGGUGAGAGCCGAAAUAAUCAAGCAAAUUCAACACAGUGUUUCCCUGUGUCUCACAUAGCUCAGGCGGUAGCGCGCGCGCCUUUUGUUCGCAAGGUCACGGGUUCGACCCCCGCCCGGCGCGAGCUUUUUUUUUUGUUUUUUUUCUUUCUUCCAAUAAAUGUACAGUACAUUUUUGUUUAAAGGGACACCAGCUUCUCCUCUACACGUCACUUCAUCACAUGGGUCUCGUACGGAAUGACAUUGCUCAUAUUCUUCAAAGCGCUGCGCGGCCACGUGGCACCCGUUGCACUCGCUUUUCAACUGUAUAAAUUGGCAGCCGCCGUUUCGCUGUGGUAUUUGGCGGAUUACGAGGAAGAGGGUACGGUAUUUCCGGGGGGUUACUGUAGAUUUUUGGCGGGAAAAUUUGAAUUUUUCACGGGAAUUUGCGAUUUUUUGAUACCAAACAUGCUUAGGCUUGUUUGGACUCAAAAAAUCGCGAAUUUUCGCGCCAAAAUCUACAGUAACCUACAGUAACCCCAAUAUUGUUUUUAGCUCUCCCAAAUUCGCUUCAAGACCCGCUGAAAUACAUGGAAGUGGCGAAAAUAUUGAUUUUUUUCGAAAUUUCCGGAUUUUUUCUGAUUUGGACACAUUUGUAUUGCAAAGAGUUUGGCGAUUGGGAAAUGGAGGAUUCUGACCAAAAAAAAGUUGAUUAAUCCAAAUUUUUUGAAUAAAUAUUGUUGUGGAGUACUGUAGAUCACAUUUUGGCGGGAAAAUUUGGAAAAAAUUGCGUUUUUUUGAGGCCAAAAAUUUGAUCUACAAAAAAAUUCGGAAUUUUUGGCACAAUUUUUUCGCCUAGGCUUAUUUGAUAUCAAAAAACGCCAAAUUUUUGAGCUACAGUAAUCUACAGUACCACUUUUUUGUGACAAACAAACAAAAAAACCAGUUUUUUGUUGUUGUUUUUGUUUUUCUUUUGUCAACAACAAAAAAUGUAUAAAAGUGGAAUUUCGAUUCGAAAUUUCUACAGUACUCUGAAUCUACAGUACUCAGGGUAAAUAAAAAUUCCCAGGCUCCGCCCCUUUUUUUCCUCACAUGUCAAAAAAGAGAAAAAAAAAGUUUUCACUUUUUUUUUCGCCUCAUCUUUUUUUCGACAUGUUUCAUGCGCGUUUGUGUUUUCGAUUUUUUUCGAAAUAAAAUUUGCCACGUGGCAGAUUUUCUAAGGGCUUUUUAAGGCCUUAUAGAAUUUCUAAGGCAAAUUUAAGGCUUUUAGAGACCUUUAAAAACUUGCUAAGGUAUUUUAAGGUAGAUUGAAGUCUCCUAAAGCAUUCUAAGGUCGCAAUGACUUUCUAAGGCAUUUAAGGCUCUCUAAGGCCUUUUCAGGCCCUCUAAGGCAAUUUUGAAGCAUUCCAGAGCUUAUAAAGGCCUUCUAAGGCUCCUUAAGACUCUCUAAGGCUUUUAAACGCCCAAUUAUUCUUCUAAAGCCCCUAAAGGGCCUUCUAAGGCCUUUUAAGGCCCUUUAAGGCUUUCUAACUAUCUUAAAGGCCCUUAAAGGCUUACUAAGGUCCUCUGAAGCCUCUUAAAUCCCCUUAGGCCUUUUUAAGGUCCUUCUAAACCCUCUAAAGCCCUUUGAAACUCUCUAAGUCUUUUCAAGGCUCUUUAAGGCCCCCUUAGGCCCUUUAAGGCCCCCAUAAGGCCUAUUAGGCCCUUCUAAACCCCCUCAGGCCUCCCAUCAAAUUCCAACCCCCUCUCCAAAAGUGCACAUUAUUGACUCAUUCCAUUCGCAUUUCUCUCUCACACUAUACGAUUCUCUGCGCUCUCUCACCUCUCCACACUCUCUCCCCGUUUCUCUGCACUCUCUCACUUCUCCCUACUCUCUCUCUCAUUUCGUAUAGCAAAGCGAAAGAAGAAAGAGAAAGGCGCAGCCGCGCCGCCCCCCUCAAGCUAAAUGUCUCUCUGCGUCUCUCACUCUCUCGCCUUGUUGGCCGCCAGCCAACUCGUCUCUCGCUUCUCUGCACUCUCUCCUCUCGCCACACUCUCUCGCUUUGCGGAUCGAUGAGCUCAUUUCGCUUUCUUUCUGUGUGUGUCUCUCUGGGUUUUGCCGGCGGCAACAACAUUUUUUCACUUUUUCUCUUGGCAUCCUUCCAAAAUCGUCAUUUUUCUUGAUUUUUUCGCAUUUUUUGACUAAAAAAUCGAUAAUUUCCCUGUUUUCUGGCCAAUUUUUCGCCCAAAAAUCGAUUUUUCAGAUGUAAAAUCCACGUGGCACUCACUCAAACUUGCUAUAACUUGUAUAUAGCCCAUUUUAUUAUACAUGUAUAGAUAGAAAUUGAAUUUUUUUGGAAAAUACUAUGUAAAAGGUGAGCUAAAAAGGGUUUUUUGAGAGCUACAGUAACCCGCGGGGUACUGUACUUUUUCACCCGGGAAAAUUUGCAGUUUUUUGAGCUACAGUAACCUGCAAAAACUUUGAUCUACAAGAAUUUUUGGCACAAUUUUUUGAGGGGGUACUGUAGCUUCUAAUUUUUGUUUUUUUGAGCUACAGUAACCCGGGGUACUGUAGUUUUAAUCCCAUAAAAAUUUGCAGUUUUUUGAGCUACCAGAAUUUUCGGAAUCUUUCAUGGCACAAUUUUUCUCCAGGUUACUGUAGCUCAGAUUUCUAGGUACUGUAAUUUUCCAAAUACUCAUCUACAGUAACCCGAUCUCUUACAGUACCCAAAUUCUCGAAAAAUUUGAGAUACAGUACUCCAAACCUCCGGGUUACUGUAGUUGGCACAAUUUUUUGAUCCCCAAAAAUCUUGUUUUUUUCCAGAUCGCAAUGUGUGUAG